AUGACAUUCCCCUUAAUUGAAAAUGUUGCUGUAAUUGGUGCUGGGCCGGCGGGUCUUGCUGCUCUUUAUGAAUUUCUUCAUCUUAAUAAAGAUGGAUCUUCAACUGUAGGCUCAAACAAAUCCGCCGAUCCAAUAUUCAAUGUUACAGUAUUUGAACAGAAGGCUGUUCCUGGUGGAAUAUGGGCUCAAACGAAUGAUGUAGAUUUACCCAUACCGCCACAGAAUAUUUUGGAAACAUCUGAAUAUAAUAAUCCAGAUGUUAUUCAAAUAAACCAGCCAAUUCCCAAAGAAGUUAUUGGGAAAACUUACCAAUCUCCUUAUGUUAAGAAAUUGAAUCCAGAAAGACAAUUGGAGUGGACUCAUAGUGGUGUCUAUCCAGAUCUUUUCACUAAUGUUGCCUGUAGAUUCACUCGAUUCUCAUAUCAACCUAUUGAGCCAGAAUAUUGGGAUGAAAAGAGACUGAUCUAUCCUUUUUUAACUCAAGAAGAGUUGAAAUCCCGAUUUCAAACAUUUAUUACAAAGGAAAAUUUAUCCGAUUAUAUUAGAUAUAAUUCAAGAGUACAAAAUGUAAUUAAAGAUAAAGGCAAAUGGAUUUUAACUAUUCGUGAAUCAAAUGAAGUUUUGAACAGAGAAAAUUGGUAUCAGCAAGAGUUCGAUGCAAUUGUAGUAGCUAAUGGACAUUAUUCCAUUCCAAAUAUUCCUGUUAUUCAAGGAUUGGCGGAAUUUAAUAAGCUGAACCCAGGAAAGGUAAUUCAUUCAAAUGCAUACCGUGAUUCAAAAAUUUUUCAAGGUAAAAGAGUUUUAUUUGUUGGUGGGAGUAUUUCUACAGCUAAUUUGGUUCAAUAUGCAUUUCCAUUGGCAAAUAAAGUGGUUGUUUCCAGAAGGGGGUCACAUAAAGUGUUUCCAUGGAUAGAUGAAGCGCUUAAUUCUGAUGGUAUUAUUGGUAAACCAGAAAUUCAACAAAUUGAUCAUGACGGUUCAGUUUUAUUUAUUGAUGGAACGAUAGAAAGCCGUUUUGAUUUAAUAGUUUUCACUACAGGUUAUCAUUUCCAUUAUCCAUUUUUAAACGAUUAUUUGGAAGUGACUGAAAACUCAAAUCUGAGUAGAGUUUCUGGUCUUUACCUUCAAACAUUCUCAAUAAAGGAUCCAACAUUAGCUCUUGCUGGAGCGGUUGUAUCUGGUAUCAACUUCUUAACCAUUGAAUCUUGUGUUGCAGCAAUUGCAGGAGUAUGGUCUGGGGUCAAACAACUCCCCUCGAAGGAAAAACAAGAAGAUUGGGAGGUAGAAAGGGUUAAAUUACGGGGUAAUAAUCUUUCAUUUCACCACUACGCAUACGAAACGAUUAAGGAAGAUUUAAUAGAUCCUUUAUACUCGUAUGCGGCUAAUGAAAGAGCUAAUCCACUAAUGGAAGAUGGGAAUUUCCUUGAUGAAGUUGCAAUUGCUGGUAUUUCUUUGAAAAAAUUAUUCUAUAACUUAAAGGAAGAGAGAUUGACAGUUAGUCAGACGAAAGGAAUAUGA